AAAAAAGGGGAGAAAAAGACAGCUGGGGUUAUCCCCCUUUUCCUAUUUAAUUUUUAUUUUAUUUUAUUUUUUGCUUAAAUUAAGCAUCUUGUAAUGGUUGAAGAAAAAGUUUAUAUUGAUCCUGAGACAGGUAAUCCCAUUCCAAUGAAGGAUGGUAAGCCUUGCCGUGUUUGUGUCGACUUCAAGACAUGGGCAAAAUUAGGUAAAAGUAAGAAAGAAGAAAAUAGUAGUAAUGAAACAAAGAAAGAAGCAAAACGAAUAUUAAGCAAAGAAGAAGAAGAAUGGAGACGAGAGAAUUGUCCAGCAGAUGUAAAGACAUUAGGUCGACAUACUUGGACUUUAUUACAUACAAUGGCAGCUUAUUAUCCUGAAAAACCAAGUAGUCAACAACAAGAAAGUAUGAAAACAUUUUUUGAAUCUUUUUCGGAACAUUAUCCAUGUUGGUUCUGUAAGGUAAUUCUUGGAAAUAAGAAAAAAUAACCAUGUUAUUAUGGCAUAAUCCUUGACGGCUUUAUUUGUUUGACGUACAUUAGAAUGAUUUUAAAAAGGAUAUGGCAGCUAAUCCUAUUGAUGUAACAAGUAAAGAAGCUCUAAGCCAAUGGUUAUGUAAUAGACACAAUCAUGUUAAUGAAAAGCUAGGAAAGAAAAAGUUUGAUUGUAGUAAAGUAUUUGAACGUUGGUUGACAGGUCCAGCUGAUGGUAGUUGUGAUAAAUGAACAAAAUUUAAAUUAUAUCAAAUUAAAACUCCGAUUUUAUUUCAUUUUCAUUUUCAUUCUUUUUAUUUUUCAUUUUAUUUUUCUCACAUUUCUUCCUGC